AUGUCGAUCAGCAAGCGUUUGGCAUUGAUUAGAAAGUCUCUAAAGACGGAACCGAUUGAAAUUGACAAUGGCACCACAAGUGACAAUCAACGACGAAUUCAAAAUGUUCAGCAAAAUCCAUCAAUUAAUAAUGAAGCACUUCGUAAUCAGUUUUUGAACAAGAUAUUGACAGCACAGGAUGUUAUUGGAUCUUCGAGUAUGAUUGAUAAAAGGAAUGUCAAGCACGCAUCAACUCAACUUGCAGGUGUUUAUAAUAGAGCUGAGGAUAUAAAUGCUCGGCUCAAAGGAAACUCCAAUAAUUCUCCAUUUUAUGCUCAUGUUCCGGAAAAUUCAAAUGAACCAGCUAUACCUGGUGAUCGUCAUGAGUCACCUUUAGUUCAAAAUAAUAACAAUGCAAUGUUUAAAUUUCAAGCAUCGUCUGAAAAUGUAGAGGAUGUAAUGAUUAAGAGUAAUCCUAAUCGAGAUAUUCCUUAUAAGGCUCAUCGGACUGCAAAUAUCAUAGGAGCUAAUCUUCAAUUGAUAAAAAAAUCAAUUAAAGAAGAAAAACAGAAACGCAAAAUUCCACCUCCUCCUGCAUUUUCAGAACCAAAAGUGCGUAGAGUUGAAUACAAUGUACAAGCAUCUACAUCAAAAGACGAUAAUUCAAAUGAUCGAAGCUCGCGUGUAGAUAUGGUAGAUAAAUGUGUUCAAACUACAGUCAACACAGGAACUCUCCAGUUCGAAAUCACUGCAAAUGAGCUACAAAAUUUAAGUGAGGAAAAGAAAAUUAUUCUUCUUGAAUUUAUGAAGACAUUUGGUAUCCGUGAUAGUCAAGAUAUCAAGUCAAUUCGAGAACGUUUGAAGCAUCGAUUAGCUAAUCAGGAGAAUAAGAGAAAGCAACACCUGUCAGCAUAUGGAUCUUAUCCUCCAACUUUUGGUCCACCAAUCUAA